AUGGAGUACGAGCCGAUGCUGUUGGACGGCGAGUCCGGAGGACCGCAGAUCAAGAUCUCGGGGGCUGACAACAUUCACGUCAACUUCGACCUCUCCAACUGCGACCUCUCCUUUGCCAACUCGCUGCGUCGCGUCAUCCAGGCCGAGGUUCCUACGAUCGCCAUUGACCUGGUUGAAAUCGAGGCCAACACCUCGGUUCUUGCCGACGAGUUCAUCGCGCAUCGUCUCGGUCUCAUCCCACUCCACUCCAAAGACGCCAACAGUCUCCUUUACUCCCGUGAUUGCGACUGCGAACAGUACUGCGAUAACUGUAGCGUCAAGCUGACCCUCCACGCCCGCUGUACCUCGGACGAGACUAUGAAGGUUUACGCGAGCGACCUCCUUGUCGACAGUUUCCGACAAAACGGUACCGUGGGAAACCCUGUUAUUAUGGAUCCUGAUGGAUUGGGCUCUUUGAUCUGCAAAUUGCGCAAGGGGCAAGAACUUAAGGUGUCUUGCAUUGCGAAGAAGGGAAUCGCUAAGGAGCACGCGAAAUGGAUGCCCACGGCUGCUGUCGGCUUCGAAUAUGACCCCCAUAACAAGCUGCAUCACUUGGAUAUGUGGUACGAAGAGGAUGCGAAGGCGGAAUGGCCCGAGAGCAAGUAUGCAAAGAUGGAAGAUCCUCCUCAGGAGGGAGAGCCGUUCGACUACGACGCGGUGCCUGAGAAGUUCUACUUCGAGGUUGAAGGCGUUGGCAGUCUCGAACCGGACCAGAUCAUUCAGGAGGGCAUUAAGAUCAUCCAGGAGAAGAUGGCGUUGCUACUGCACAUGCUCACUGGUGAGGCGGACGAUGACGGCAUGGCCGACUUCGAUGGCCCGCGUAGUCCCAACCUGGAUAUGGAUGGCGGUAAUCCAUGGGGGCAGGAUCAGGGCUACACGACGCCUUUCAACGGUGGCGGCGGCCAGAGCUCAUGGGGAGGCAACGCGACAACCCCCUAUGCUACCACCACACCGUACGGAGCAUCUGGACAAUCCGGCUGGAACUAA